ACACGCUGACCAGAAAUCACCACAGCACUGCCUGGUAUUCUCUCUCCCAACUCCAAAAGUACAGGGAUAUCUAACAUGUAGUCAGGUUAAAUCACUUCUGCUCAGGACAUUAGGGUGGUUUUUUUUUUCUUUCCCCUGGGAAAUGGAGUUAGGAAAACAUGAAAGAAAAGUAUCAGGAAGAGAAGCUUUAGAGGAAAAGCAAACGGUCACUUCUCAAGAAUCUGGAACCAAACCACUGACCUUCACAUUCGUACCAUCCAUUGGACGACUUCCAACUCAUUUUGAGGUUGUGGAUGUCUCUAAGUUCCUUGUGACAAUUCCAGAGGAACCAAAGGAUCUGAGCAAUCAAGAAAUUAUAAAUAAGUCUCAUGCAGUCAUUGAUGAGCUGGUCUUAAAGAGUGGGGCCAGACAAGACUGUGUGUCCACCGUCGGUCCAGACAGCACCCGAACGGCUUUCCGGUCCCCAGGGUGUAACUCGAGCGAAGGAGAAAUGCAGGAGAAUGACCUUUUUAAGGCUGAGUUUAUCCUGAUUACGGACUCUGGUGAUGAAGAUGAAGCAGCCGCUGCCUCAAGCAAUGCUCACCGGCCUUCCAAUGGCUACGGUCCCAUCAGUGCUCAGCUGCUGGCCACGUCCCACGUUUCCCCUGGCACCGGCGCAGGGAGACCUCCUGGUGACGGGCAUGUUCCAGGUGCUGCGCUUUCCCACAGCACUGCUGACCCACAGAAACAACAGUUAAUUUCUACUCUUUCCAUCUCUGAUCAUCUUUCCUCUAAACCACCUGCUGUCCACUUAAUUUCUCCAACUAAUCAGAAAGUAGCGUGUGGUGCCAUGGUUAACCUGAAUCAAGCCUCUUCGCUGGAAGACUCCCGUAACAACUGGCAGUCAGCAACCGGGUUUUCUAAGCAAGAUUCAUCUCUCUACUUUCAGUCUGCUUUCCAUAGUUCACCUCCCUCCAUGUCUAAAACAUCCUCUUCUGCAUCAAACAGUUGUUACUCCACUCCUCGAUUGUAUGAUAACAUACAAACUCCAAGUCUCUAUACCCCUGGCUGUGUUUGCAAAAUGGGAGACUUCACCACAUCCUCUGUUCCGGCAAAGAGCCCGAGUCUUCCCCCCAAUCCUCCACGUUCAGCUGAAAUUCAAGGAUCUUCAGCUCAGUCGUUAUCCCCCCGUUCUUCCAAAAGGUUGAGUGCUUUAUCUCCUGUCCCUGUACAUAUAAUAACACAUUCAUUAUCUCCUAGUCCUAAACCUUUGUCUCCACCCUCUCUUUAUGGCUCCUCUUCAACCAUAUAUAGUAUAAAUGAGCCUUGCACACUAAUGUCAUCUAGAGGAAAUUUAGCAAAGUCAGGAGUCAGAUCCCCUCUGCCAACUAGACUCACCCUCUUAACAGCUAUUUUGAGAUCAGGCUCUUCUCAACAGAGACCGCUUUCUCCUGCUUCUUGUCCCACGUUUUCUCCUAGCUCCCUUGGUUCCUCAACACUUACAAUAGAUCAGAAGUCCAAAACAACUCCUCCAACCCCCAGGAAAUCUGUUUCAAGCCCUCCUAUAAGGCCAGAUUCUCCGAGUAGAGAGGAAUAUUGGCUUUCAGGAUGGGCUCAGCAUCUGCCUUUACCCUCCAAGCCUCAUCCCACCCCUUGGACAAGGUCCCUUUCUCCUAAAAAGCACCUUCCAGUCAGAAUGCUUUCUCCAGACUCCCCAAAUCCUCUGUCAUCCCCUGUCUCUUCCCAUAGAAAAUCAGUUUCCUCUCCAGGUUUGCAGUCCACGCUGCCUCCUUCUUGUGUCCCAGCACCCUCUUCCCUUGCACACCCUAUCUCUCCUUCUCCAGAAGGGCUGUGGUAUGCUGAGUCCCAGUCCUGUGUACCUCAGAAGUCUCAGAGAGUACACACUUACUCGCCCAUCUUCACCUGCCGGUCAUACCCCUUGCUUUCUUCUACCAGUCUUAGUGGUAUAUUCUCCCCCACCCUAGAAAAACACUCAUCUCCUUCCCCAAGUCUUUUGUAUUCAGAGUCUAGAUCUAAAUCAGAUUCAUCCCAAACAUCUGUUCAGGAGACGAGUGCCUCCUCUCCUACCCCUUUAAGUGUCUCAAAGCAGUGGUCUCUCUCACAGCCUCAUUCUACUCCACCGGUUCCACAAACUGGUAAUAUUAAUUCCCAUCCACUGCAGCUUAAUUCUUCAUCAGUGCACACAAAUUGUAGGUCUAAUUCCUCCUUUCCAAGACCUGAGCAAUCUGCCACCUCACCGGUGUUAAAGUGCAGAUCUCCUGUCUCGGACAAGUCACGAGGCACACUGCCAUCAAGACCCAGAGAGCUGACUUCACCACAGUCUUUUUCCCUGCCUCCUGACCAUGAAAACAUCAAACCCAAGCAGUACAAGAUCAAGACAAGCUACAAGGCAUUUGCAGCAAUCCCUACAAACACAUUACUUAUGGAACAGAAGGCAUUAGAAGAGCCAAGCAAGACUGCUAGUGUGACUGAAGGCACUGCUUUGGACACCCAUUCAGAGCUGUGCUCCCCUGCCCAGCUCAGACAACAAACGGAGGAGCUGUGUGCUGUCAUUGACCAAGUUCUGCAGGACCCGCUGACUAUGCGCCGAUGCGAAUCUUCCCCAAGUUUCCUGCAGAUGAGCAUGGAAUCAGAUGUUGGCAAGGUGUCAACAACGCUGCAGAGAGCAGCUGGGCGUGAAACAAGAUAUGCCAACCUUUACAAAUCGGCACCUAUGGUAACAGAGAGUCAGCUGACAAAACCUGGUGUCAUUCGUCCUGUGCUUGUGAAAGGGAAGAGUGCACAGCAAAAGGAGGAACCCUAUCAACCCAAUCCUUUUAAAAAGUACCUUGAAGAAAUCAGUGAUCAAGAUACUGAGCAGGCACUGUGCUGCCAUUCACCUGGGAUGAAAGAAGAGGAGAGCUGACCUGGAGCUGCUGCUAGAGAACUUCUGGCCUAGGCCACCCCAGCGGGCCCUCUCUGCAAAGGCAGGGCCAGCUGAUACCUCCCUUUCAUCAGGGCUGGGCACUGAUUCUGCUGGCUGUAGUUCUGCUGAUGAAGAAGUGAUGCAAUCACCAAACUUUGUAUUUUCAGGCAAAUACAAACCUGGGGUUAUUGCCAUAGUCUGAAGCUUUCUGACAUUUGAAGCUAAUUGUGAAAACCAAUCAACUUACACCUUACAAAUUACUACGGUACAUAUUACUGAAGUACUGAGAAUGUAAUAAGUCCAUGAAUAAAUGUGGUUCUUAUAACAAAAGCCAAAAUUAUUUUAUAUAAGAGCUAUGUAUUAAAAUGAACUAAACAAAGAGUGCACUGACUUUGAGAGAUGGAAAAGUUACUUUCACAAUGAAUAUGUUCAGUUUUGCUUCCUUUAUUUAAAAGAACAAUGUCAUAUGCUUUAAAGUAUUGAUAAAUUGGUAUUAUUAUCCUAACCUAAGAAAUACCACAAGUUCCUGUAAAAUACUUGUUGUUUUGGGAGAUCUCUAUUAAGACAUCUUUGUUCUGAAAAAGGAAGUACUUAGAGCUGUAUUCAGAUGGAUUCACUGACUUAAUAGAAACUGGUUUUGUUUGUGUGAGAAAUGGCCAUAUGAUUCUAGUGGUGGUCUAAUACAACAAUUAAUAGUACGAUAAUAGCCAGAUCUGGGGAAAACACUAAAGCGCUGAACAUGACAGCACAUGCUUAUGAUUUCAGCUCUUGCCUCUCGGAGUAGGUUUAUGGUGCCAAUAUGAGUCCCCUGUGAGUGGAGGAGACUUGGGUGCCCACAUGAGGAUGUUCACAAUCUUACAGCAUCUGUGAAACUCUCCUGAGGCAUUUUAGUGCCUGUAAGAGGGCUGCAGCACUGCCUGUGGAGCUGGGCUCGGUGCCCAGACAACAGCUUGAAAAUUGCCGUGGCGGUCUCUAACCCCGGGGUUGUUAGCCUAUAAGGACACUUGUUCUCCCUCGUCACCUGCCCUCAGUAGUUAGCAUUUUUGGCUGCACAGUGGCUGGCUUUCAAAGACUGGGAGGUGUUCCCACCAGUAUUACCCCCAAGCCAGGUGAAUUGACUGCUUUCAUGGGAUGUGAGAACUGUGGAUUAAAACUAGGAGACUAGCAGCUAGGCUUUCGGCUUUCUGCGGAAGAGCCGGUGCUAGUCCACUUGUCCUCAAACAAGAACUUAGCAGGCAUCUAGCGUGGCUGAGGGCAAAACUGCUCAUACUGUUACUGAUUUUCUCUGGUUUUCUUUGGAGAUUUUCCCAGUCCUGCUGGGAGGCUCAGCUCUUACAUUUCUGUUCUCUCCAUCUCUCUGCAUUUUCUUUUCCUUUCUUUCAUUGCCAACAACACCCUCCCUAGGUGACGUUGCUGUCCCUCCUUCACCCAGCCCAUCUUGAAAGGACAGACCCUUUCAGGAUGCAUCUUUCAGGACGGUAGACUAGAAGAAGUUCCGGAUGGCAUCAGCUUUAACAACUUCUCUCUUGAUUUUUCUUAGACCUCUGCAGUACCUUCCCUCCCUGCCAAACCUCCCAGUGUGACACUGAGCACUGGUGACUAUGUGGGUGACAUUCAGUUUGAGACAUAAUGAUGCAGCCAGCCGUAACUGCUGACCUUCAGCUUCACGUCCCUGUGUUGAACACGUUUUUUUGCACAACAGAGAGUAGCUUGUUUGCUUUUCAUUUCAUUAAGGAAUGUCCCCGUGUGGAAAAGGCCAUUUCCCUUGUAAAAAAAUAGUAAUUUUUGCUUUAACAGGCAGCUGUUCUCAUGCAGAUAAUUCAAGGUAAUGGAUGGAGACAAAAAGAGAUUUCUAAAUUAGUAAAGAUCAUCUGGAAAGGAUGUAGCUCAGCUCACGGAUAGCUCUUCUUAUCUGUGUUCUGGGUACACUGUAUAUAGAUUAACACUGGUGUGCCAAUCAAAUUAACAAACCAGGGAAAAACGCCAUUUUAUUUUGGCUUUUUCUCAUAUUAGCUUAUGCUGCCUUCUUUCUUUUUCUUUUCUUUUUUUUUUUUUUUUUUCUCCAGAGGACAUAUACAACUUGUAGCACUGGCUAUUCAGUGGAUAUCCCCCAUCCAAAACUUGUUACAGAGUGUAGUAUUUCUGAGGUUCCGAUAUGACAGUAUUAAGCUUCCCACAUUUUUAGAUGCCCUUACUGGAGAUGACAAUUUCCCCUUCAUGAGAAAGAAUUUUUUUCCUCUUGCUUAGUACAUUUCAGUAAUAUUUCAGAAAUUUUGCAAGUAUGCUCCAAUUUGUUCAACAAAGCACCAUAAAAUAUACUGGAAGUGACAGCUUCAUGAAAAUUUUCAGUUGAAACUGGGGAAACAAUCUUUUCUGGGGAAAAAAUAGGGCAUUUUGUUACAUAGUAAUAUGAAAACAACUCAUAAUAUAUGGUAGAGAAUUAAUGCGCUUGCAAAUAUUUAUUGACAAGAAUGUACAUAGGCUCCUUUGUCAUUAA